AUGACUCUCUGGGGCCAGGACACGGUCAAAGACGUGGCCGAAUCCGUGGGGAUUCUACAUCUCAACAAGGAAGUCAGCCACGCGCUAUGCCGGGACAUCGAGUACCGGAUCUCGCUGGUCCUGCAAGAAGCAUUAAAGUUCAUGAAACAUUCGAAACGGACGAUUCUAUGGACACAAGACAUUGCGCAUGCCCUUCGCCUGCUGGACGUCGAACCUCUCUACGGAUAUGAGACAACGCGGCCGCUGAAAUAUGGAGAGGCGUCGCUGGGGCCCGGACAGCCGUUGUUUUAUGUUGAGGACGAAGAGAUGGAUUUUGAAAAGUUGAUUAAUGCGCCGUUGCCAAAGGUUCCUCGAGAGGUUUCAUUUACAGCGCACUGGCUGGCAGUCGAAGGCGUUCAGCCGUCGAUACCGCAAAACCCGACGAGCAACGAAGCACGAAACCUCGAACUCGUACCCAAAGGACCGAAUGCAAACCCUGCGCUGGCCGCCAUGACGGGUGCCGACUCGACCACUACCAAGCCUCAAGUCAAGCACAUUCUGUCGAAAGAGCUACAACUGUAUUUUGAAAAGGUGUGCUCGUCGGUGCUGGACGAGACACAACCCGAAUAUCGAACGGCGGGACUGGCCAGUUUGAGAGAUGACCCGGGCCUGCAUCAGCUGGUGCCUUACUUUGUGCAGUUUGUGGCGGAAAAAGUGACGCAUAACUUGAAGGAUUUGUUUGUUCUGACUCAAAUGAUGUUGUUGAUCGACGCCCUGACGAGGAACGACAAACUCAACCUCACGCCCUACGUGGCGUCCCUGGUGCCGCCCGUGUUGACCUGUUUGACCGGCCGGUCGUUGGGUUCGGGAAUCGGGUCGCUGGAUCAUUAUGACCUACGAGAUUUGGCGGCGUCAUUACUAGGCCAUCUUUGCCGCAAGUACUCCAAGUACUCGCACAAUCUGAAACCGAGACUUGCACGGUCAUUGUUAAAGACUUUCCUGGAUCCUAAGAAGCCCGCCGGAAGCCAUUACGGUGCUAUUCUUGGACUGAAAGCCAUCGGAGGGCCUGAAGUGGUCAGACAGCUUAUCGUUCCAAACCUGAAAGCGUUUACGGAAUUGCUCGAGGACGACCUUCAGGACCAGGGCGUCAAAAAGGCCGAGGCUGAAAAGGUCGUCAGCGCCAUCUUCAACGCCCUGGGCACGCUGGUGGAUGACGAGAUUCCCCUCCUCACGAAUGGCCAUUCGGUCGAAUCCGAGAAUGAAUUGCGGAAGAAAUUGGUCGACAAGGUCGGACCUGUCAUAGGGAAUCGCAUCGCGGACUCGGGCCAUACAAAACUGGCAAAGGCUGUCCUACAAGGCGAUCUGCCGGGGCUAUGA